AUGGGAAAUAAUCAAUCCGGUGGUCCCGAAGGUCGCUAUGGCCCAACCGACAAAGCAGGGCUUCGUAGACAUCGUAUGAUGAGCGAAACUGCAAAAAUCGCAGGACAAGUGCUUCCGAAUCCUGACGGACCGCCAAUGAUCUUUGAUGAUGGCCACGAGGACAAGUCUGGAGAAUGUCCGGUAGUUUUUCGCUGGAGUUUCACUCAGAACGCCCAGCCGCGCACUGUCCAUAUAGUUGGUUCCUGGGAUAAUUGGUCAACAAGAAUCCCAAUGGUGAAGUCUACAAACGACUUUUCCACAAUAAUAGACUUGCAACCUGGGCAGUACGAAUACAAAUUUCAAGUCGAUGGAUCAUGGGUCGUGGAUGAUAAUCAAGGAAAGACUCAGGAUGCAGCUGGAAAUGAGAACAAUAUGAUAAACAUCCAAGACUCGGAUUUUGCAGUCUUCGAGGCUCUUGAUGAAGACUUCCAAUCCUCAACUGCUGGAGAAGUUCUCCGUGGAGAGUCGGAGAGCACGAAAAAUCAUGAUACUCCGAAUGAUAGAGAACUUGAAAAACUACGCUCAUUCACCCAAGAAAUUCCAUCGAUGGACAUGCUUCGCAAGGCAGCUGGACCUCCGGUAAUUCCUCCACAGUUGAUGCAGGUGCUUCUUAAUAAGGAGACCCCAGAAUCAUGUGAUCCAAAUGUACUUCCGGAGCCAAAUCAUGUGAUGCUCAACCAUAUGUACGCGCUUUCUAUCAAGGAUAGUGUCAUGGUGCUUUCUUCUACACAACGUUACCGCAAGAAGUUUGUAACCACUCUUCUUUAUAAACCUGUCUAA